AUAGUCAUAUAGCUGGUAAGUGUUGGAGGAUGGGAGGGAAAUCAAGUCUUUGUGACUCCAGAUUCAGGGCUGUAUCAGUCACCACCUAGCAGAUACUUGGAGAGUCCCAGCACUGAUGGGGAAAUGUCCUCAAGGCAUUUCACUUAGAAAAAAUACAUAGUCUUUGUCCUCAGGGAGCAUCCAAGACUGAGGACAGUUAGAUGCAGAAAUAGAAGGAGGUCCCUUGGGCCCACUGAAUGGAUCAAGAUGCGAUUGAUCUGGUUUGGUUUCCUGAAGAGUUUUUAUUUCCCCACCAAAGUGUGGAAGGACAGAAAUGGUGUGAAGUCAGUGACAAGGAGGGAGGGUGUCUAACUUAGGGGAGUCUGGAAUGAGGAGAAGGUGGGUCCUCAGAGAAAGGACCAAUUCUGGUGUGCUUAUCAAAGCUUCCUCUCUUUCCAUUGUCUCUUCUGUUCCCCAGUUUCCCUCUGGGGCCAUGUUACCCUUUCUGUUGGUCCUUCCAUCUCUUUCAACCCCUCUCUUCUCUAGGUUUAGGACUUUCCUCUGACACGGACCCUGAAACCGGCUUUCCUGAACAUGCCUGACACUCCGGUAGAAAACUCUAUCUUCCACAUCAUUCAUUGCUACCAUCUCUACGCUGCCAGAGAGGGGGACGUGGAUACCCUAAGUCUGGACGAGCUCAAUGCCCUGCUGACUGAAAACAUGCCCCGGUUUAUGGAGGGUCUGGGCCGGAGUCAGCCGGAAUAUUUGAAGCAGCUAUUUCAAGUAGCUGACAAGGACAAAGACAACCAGAUCUGCUUUGAUGAAUUUAUUUACAUCGUGGGAAAGGUAAUGAAGGAUUAUCACCUGCAGUACCACCGGCAGCUGUGUGCCCACUACUGUCAGGCAAAUGGCCUGUACUGAUGGAUGCGCCAAUUCCUUCUGACUCCUUCUGUGCCAUGGUGACCGGGGGUCUCAGCGAUUGUAGCACCUGGGGCUGCCAGACCACGUGGGAUGUUGGGAACAUGCAGCUGGCUGCUCCUCGAACCUGAGUUUGAAUGAUAUUUUAUAGCUCUUUGACCAUGGCAAGCUAUUUUACAUCUCGGAAAAGAGAUUUCCAGUUCGGUAAUAAUAAUCACAAGGCCAGCCUCGCAGGAUUCUUAGGAGAAAAUUACUUCUGUAAUCGUGAAGAGUUGAGAAUGAGAGUAUUUUUCAGUUAGGGACCAGGGCCAGACACGGGGAAAUAUUUCAGUUUGCAAAAGAAAACAAGCUGGGAAUGGAAGCAGGAAUUGAUUUUUUUUUAAUAGGGAGGUGGGGAAAGGAUCUGGACAGGUCUCUCCCACUUGCUAUGGGCCAGUGAUUUAACCUUUCAAAGAAAGCCUCAGUCUCCUCAUCUGUAAAACAUUGACAAUAAUACUUGCACUAUCUACCUCAAAGGGUUGUUUUGGGGUUGUUAGUUUUAUUUACACUGAUAUGGGGGUAUAAAUAAACUUAAUAACUAUCUUUGGGGUUUAAUAGUAAUCUUUCCCUGAAUACUUGUGGAUAGAACUGAGCCCGGAGGAAAAUCCAGAGCAGGAAAAGAGUUUUCUGGUGUCAGAAAACUAUCUACUGGGGGAGGCUUGCCCUUAGGGAGCUCCUUGUCUGAUGGGAGAGAGAUUAUUGUCUUAGACAUUCUGAACCAGCCUGAUGGUUAAUUGACUCAAAUGAGUUUUUCCAUCCCCUGUUAUCCACAGAUCUUUUCCAGACAAACUGCUUUCUCAACACACCUCCUACAUCCUGUACAUAUUAAUCCCAUAGAGAGAAGAAGGUAAAUAAUCUUCUCCCAGCCAGAGCUCAGAUAUCAGUACUGGGGAGGAAGGGCACUGCCAGCAGGUAUUGAAGCAGCCAAGGAGAGCCCAAUCUCAGAGAGUUUGGCUUAUUUCAGAGGGCAUUUCAGAGCUGAAUGAGGAAGAAAGGCAGCUGUUCUGUGAGCGAAAAGACAGAAGACCUUAGGAGAAGAACAGCUUUGGAAAGGACCUUAGACAUCAUCUAAUCUCACUCUUAAUGUUGAGGAAGCUAAAGCUUUUCUAUAUUUCUAGUUUUCUAUAAUUUAAUCCUUGCUUGAAGACAACCAACUAACUUCUUCCUGAUGUAGCCCAUCCCACAUUUAUAUUAUUAAUUGUUAGAAAGUUUUUCUUGAAACCAAAUCUAAAAUGUUUUCUUUGUAAUGCUCACACAUCCCUCCUAUAGUCAUUUAGAUGGGACAAUUGGUGCUAGAGUUAAAAUCCAGCCUCAAACACUUACUAUAUGACUCUAGAGAAGUAAUUUCAUUUCUACUUUUCUCAAAUUCCUCCACCAAUGUAUAUAACCCAUUUUUCUUUCUUUUUCUUUAAGGCAAUUGAGGUUAAGAGAUUUGCUUAGGCUAUUAAGUGUCUGAAGCUGGAUUUGAAUUCAGUUCUUUCUGACUCCAAACCCAGUGUUCUAUUUACUGUGCCCACCUUGCUGCCCUUAUGCCAUCUAUUUCUUUGUCUGAAUCAUUGACAUCCUAGGUCAUGCUUCACUAGAUACAUUCCAUCAUGUUGACUUUAAACCAUUAAUAACUACUCUUUGAGUCUAGCUAUUCAACCAGUUCUGAUUCCAUUCAGCUGUAAGUAGAUUUCUGAAAGGAGAAUGGUAGAAAAGAUCAGCCAGAAAGACUGGAAGAAAAGGGCAAAUGCCCAAAAGAUGGGAGAAAAGAGAGCAAUUGGUUCAAUCUCCUCAAUUGUGCAUGGGAAGUCAAUCAAAAGAGACUACCCCACACCAUAUAGGCUUCAUCUUAGGCAAACUGAGCAUUCUCGAAAAGGUCUCUCUCUCAAGAAUGGCUCCAUGUCAGAACUAGGUAUAGCCAAAAUCUGGGCUUAUGCAAUCACCUUAUCAUUUAAUGCACAUAGCUCCAUCUUUCUCGAGAAUAUUGUCAAUUACUUUAUAAAAUGACUUGCUAAAACCUAAGCAAACUAUAUCUAUAGCACCUUCUUUAUGUGCUAUUUUACCUGUCAAAAAAAAUUAUGGUUAGUCUUAUUCUUGAUGAAGUCAUACAUACUGACUUCUGGUAUUCACUUGCUUCCUUUUCUAGAUGUUCCCUAAUAAUCUCUUUAAUAAUUUAGCAUUUCCCCCAGAAAUAGAGAAUUUAAGCUCAUUGGCUGUUUGCAGAUUUCUCCCUUUUUGAAAAUGGGGACAAAAUUUCCCAUUUUUUAUCCUGUGGUACCUCUCCUGUUCUUCAUAGUUUUUUUUUUCAGUUAUACCCAAAUCUUUGU